UGACCCCUUCUCCCACUUCCCCUUCUCUCCUUUUCACCCUCCCUCCCAUGGCCUCCCAGAACCUCACACACCGCCCCAGGGAUGAGCCCGCCGCCACUACCUCCACCCCUUCCACCACCACCACCAAGAAUAGAAAGGCCCAAAAGAUGGCCAUUGCCAAGCAAGGCCUCCGCUCCCUGGCUGUCGCCAUUGCCAUACCUUUCGUCCUCACCACCUUAUCGGCCUCCGCCUCUGGCACCGCCACCACCACCGCCGUCUCGAAGGCCUUCUGGCACCCCCCAGUCUGGGCCUUCCACCUGGCCUCCAUCUCCACCUCCUGCCUCAUGGGCCUCUCGGCCUGGCUCGUGUGGGCCGAGGGCGGCUUCCACUCCCAACCCACCACCCUGCCCCUCUUCCUGACGCAGUUAUUAUUGGGCCUGGCCUGGGGCCCUCUGGUUUUCCGGCUCGGCGCCACCCGGGUGGCCCUGGUGGUCUGCAUCACCCUCUUUGGCGCCCUCUUCGCUUGCUCUCAGAGCUUCCACCGGGUGAAUCCCAUCGCCGGCGACCUCGUGAAGCCAUGCCUCGCCUGGGUUUCCUUCCUUGCAUUGUUCAACUACACGCUUGUGUGAAGUUUGGCUCUGUGUACGCUAUUUGCUGGAUCUUUUAUACAUAGUUUUCAUAGCUUAUUAAGAUGUAUCUAAGGUUCUGGAUCUGCUCAUUUCCUUUUUUUAAUUAUAAUUAGGAAACCUAUAAUGUGCACCAAAACUUGUCUUGAAAGGCAUGUGAUGUUGUGGACAGCUUUUAGCCAUUAGCCAAUGUCUAAAGUUUGAAUAGUUGA